AUGCCGGCGUUCCUCUUCGCUGCCGUCUUCUCUUGCCUGUUGGCCGCAGAAGGCUGGGCUUACAAAGCUGCGAGAGUUGGCUGCCACUUGCACUCUUUCAAUGUCACCAUCCGGAGCGACCAUCAGGGCACCUGCCGUGGUGCCCGUGUAAUCCAGGCCUGUGUGGGCUACUGUGAGUCGAGCGCCUUUCCCUCCAAGUAUUCGGUCCUCCUGGCCAGCAGUUUCAGGCACAACAUCACUUCGGUCUCCCAGUGUUGCACCAUCAGCAAAAUGCAAAAGGUGAAACUUCGGCUGCGUUGUGGUCUCGGCCCACACAAAACUGUGGACAUUUUCACCGCCAAGACCUGCCAGUGUGACAUGUGCCGGCUCUCCAGAUACUGAAGCUCCCCAGAAAGCGAACUUGAAGACCCUCCGUUGAUUUCUGCAGGCACCAGCAAAGUGGAUCCUCUGGGGGCUGUACCUGCUGACGUGCUCGGGCUCAGCAGUUUGCUUGUUUUAAAAAAUAUGCUUUUAAUCCUAUAAGAAAUUACAAGGGAAUUACAGGCAGUUCUCGAUUUACAACCAUUUGUUUAGCAACCGUUCGUAGUUACAAUGGCGCUGAAAAAAGCUACUUACGACCGGUCCUGUCACUUAUGAGCAUCACAGCGUCCCUGCAGUCAUAUGAUCCAAACUCGGGUGCUU